AUGUCCCGCACGGUGACGAACUCGGCCACCGAGCCACGCUCGCCCUCUCCCAUCCCCCCCGUCACGACAGAUUCAAAAUCACCGUCAUCGCUGAGACCCGCUCCAUCAUCUCCGGCUACCAUCAAUAUGGACACUUUUCGUCAGAUUCUUGAUCUUGAUGAGGAUGAAACGCACGAUUUUUCCUCCUCCAUGGUCUGGGCUUACUUUACCCAAGUACGGAGCACGUUUAAGAAGAUGGACGAUGCUUUGCAAGCAAAAGACCUCCAAGAGCUAUCAUCUCUUGGUCACUUUCUUAAAGGCUCAUCUGGUCAGAUCGGUGUCGGCCGCGUCGAAGUCUCAUGCCAGAAGAUUCAGUAUUACGGCAAGCUUCGCAAUGAGCAUGAUGAUGGUGAUGUAUCCGAUACGCAAGCACUCGACAGGAUCACGGCUCUUUUGGCACAAGUCAAGAGUGACUAUGAUGCUGCCGAGUGCUGGCUCAAGAAUUGGUAUAUGGAGAGGGGCGUGGAAGGGCCACCCGCCGAUGAUUAA